AUGGUACGUGUGCAUCGUCCUUGUUUUGUGGCUUUAUCUAAACCUUUUGUUCCAAUUAACUCUAUAAACAGGUCUUUUUGGAGGUCCUUGGGUCUCUUUCCGUUUGCUACUAAUGAUAGGGGUUUCCAAGCUCCUAAUUUAUGGGUUCUAUGUCAUGAAGCCCUCCAACCUACUGUUCUAUCAUCUACUUUUCAGCAGGUUACAUUUUCCUGUAUGAUUGAUGGCUUGUUGUGCAUCUUUACUGUUGUAUACGCCAAAACCUCUAUAGUUGGCAGAAGGGCUCUCUGGAAUGAUCUUAGAGAGAUCCACAGUACUUAUGUUCAUGACCCAUGGGUGGUCCUCGAGGAUUUUAAUUGUGUGCUGGGUGCUCAUGAAAAGCGGGGUGGUAGUCCACCGAAUUUGAUCUCUUGCUUAGAAUUCCAACAAAUGUGUACUGCAUAUGAGCUUAUGGACAUUCCUACGGUGGGCCUUGCUUAUACUUGGUCUAACCGUCGGACUGAUGUCAGAUUGGACAGAUCUUUAGCUAGGCGCCGCCUGGAUGCUAUUCAAGCUGAACUUGCUGACUUAGGGCCGUCUGAGGAUCGUUUCUUGCGAGAGGAUGCAGCUAUUGCUCAAUACCAGUUGGAGCUCUCAUUGCAGCAUACUUUACUUAGAGACAAAUCUCGUGUGAAAUGGCUUAUAGAGGGCGAUCGCAAUACAUCUUUUCUCCACAACAUGGUUAAGGUGCGCAGUUUAAAUAAAACUAUAUCUUCUUUGUCUGAUGGGCAAGCUACCUUGCAGGAUCAUGAUUCUAUUCCUGCUUACAUUGUUCAGUACUAUGAAACUAUGUUUACUCGAGAUCAGGCUAUUAUUGAUUCUGGCCUUGUGGAAAGAGUGAUUCCACAGUUGAUUACUGCUGAAGAAAACGUGUCCCUUAUUGCUAUCCUAAGAGAUAAGGAGAUCUCUCUCGCUGUUAAUUCAAUGGACAGUGGUAGUUCUCCUAGUCCAGAUGGUUUUGGUGGGGGCUUUUUUAAAGCUUGUUGGUCUGUGGUUGCAAAUGAUGUGAUUCUGGCGAGUGCCUUCAUUCGAAGUAGGUCAAUCACUGACCCUAUCAUUCUCACUUCUGAAUGCAUGAAUCUCUUGGAUCACAAGAGUAAGUUUGGGAACAUGGCCAUCAAAUUUGAUAUUGCUAAGGCCUUUGAUACUGUGGACUGGAACUUUCUCCUUCGGGUUCUUCUAGCUUUUGGUUUUGAUAGAACCUUUGUUAAUUGGGUCCACUGUGUGCUUAAGUCGGCACAUCUUUCCAUUUUGGUUAAUGGUCAAUCUUGUGGUUUCUUUACUUGCUCGCGGGGUGUGAGGCAGGGUGACCCUUUAUCACCGACUCUGUUUUGUCUGGCAGAGGAGGUGUUGAGUAGAGGACUCACAGGGAUGGCUAAUCCAGAGGGUCUUAGUGCACUUUCUCAAUUCAUGGAGGAGUAUGGCGCUAAUUCUGGGCAGGUUGUCAACAGGAAUAAGUCUCUUCUUUUCAUUGGCAAGCAUGCUCUUCAUCGGCAAACCGUUACGCAGAAUCUCUUGGGUAUUAAACUUGGUGAGCUUCCUUUUACUUAUCUUGGCGUUCCCAUAUUUCAGGGUAGGCCGAAGAGUGAUUAUUUAAGGCCAGUGGCGGACAAGAUUCAGUGUAAACUCACUGCCUGGAAGGGGAAGUUGUUAUCCCAAGCGGCGAGGCUACAAUUAAUAGAUUAUGUUAUUCACAGUGUACUUAUCUAUAGUUUUCAAAUAUAUUCUUGGCCUAGUUCUCUAUUGAAGGAGGUACAAUGGUGGAUUCGUAACUUCUUUUGGACCGGGGAUCCCCUCAAAAAAGGUGUGGCCUUGGUCUCUUGGGAUCGGGUCUGUCAGCCCAAGGAUAAAGGUGGUUUGGGUCUUAAAAACCUUGUUGUCUUGAAUGGGGCUCUUCUUCUUAAAAAGGGGUGGGAUGUUGUCUCUAAAGCCUCCCCUUUGCGUUGGAUAAUUGGUGAUGGUGCCUCGGUUAGGCUAUGGAAAGAUAAUUGGAUGGGAGAGAUUUUGGGGAAGGCCUUCGGCUUGAGUUCCCAUGAGUUGGCUAAUCUUGACAAUAUAGUUAGUGAGUUCAUUGUUCAUGGUAAAUGGGUGCUUCCUGACAUCUUUGGUCAGGUGUUUCCUGGGAUUGCAGCGGCACUUACUUCCACUACGCUUCCUUUGGAGCCAACAAAAGACCAAUUAGUUUGGUCUGACUCUUCUUCUGGAACCUUGACAUCGAAGGAGGCAUAUUUGACUCUAGCUUUGCCAUCUCCAAUGGUUGCAUGGGAAUCUCUAUUAUGGCAUUCUACAAUUCAGCCGCGAAAGAGUAUUUGUUCUUGGAAGAUUUUUCAUGAGAAAAUUCUUACAGAUGAGUGA